UUGAAAGGACCAGUUGACGCGGACUAAAGUGAUUAUAGGCAUGAAUGAAGAAAGAAACCUUUUCUAAAGUUACAUGGGGUUGGGAAGUCAAAAUUAUGGGCCACACCCACGAGCAUAUCUCGUGUCUAUAAAUUUCCUUCUUAGAGUGUCUUUUAGUUGUUUCAUAGGGUAAAACAGAACUCUGCGAAAGAGAUGAAGACAGUGAAGCUCAACAAAGUUGUCUCACUAUCUCGAGACUGGAUUUGAGAUCGUGACAUGGCCUACUUUACCUCUCGUACUGACCUAGAUUACGAUUGGCUCCUUUAAAUAGUAACAAGGGCUCGGUCGUUGGACGCAUGCGCGACACACUCUGACCUGUAAGAGUUCAUGACAGGUCAAUCCCACCUCAGAUAGAAGGGGUUGGCUCUCGUGGCGUUCUUUCUUCACAGUAAAGACAUGGUCGUUUGUGGACAGCUGACUUUCCCGAAGAGGACGGUAGUAGAUCUAUAUGUACUCAAUUCACACAGUUGACGAUGGAGUUCAUCAACAGGAACAAUAAUAUGAACAGACUCGUUUGGUUGGUGGUGAUCGGCUGGCUUUCAUUCUGUGUUUUUCAUGGCAACCAAGUGGCAAGGGCGGAGGGUUCUGACGAAGUUGAAAGUCACAGCGUUAAAUCAAACCAUUCAGAAAGAUACAAAGUUGUGUCUUUUAACUUUCAUCAUGUUGAAGUGCCUUAUGUUAUAUGCCUGUGGAUCCUUUUAGCCAGCAUAGCAAAAAUAGGUUUCCACCUCUACGACAAACUGCCGCAUAUCUUCCCCGAGAGCUGUCUCCUCAUCACACUUGGUAUCCUAGUGGGCGUGACCCUGUACUACACCGGCACCGCCGACAGCGAGCAGUAUUCACUUGACGCCAACACAUUUUUCCUCUUCCUCCUCCCUCCCAUCAUCUACGAUGCCGGAUACCACAUGCCCAACCGCGCCUUCUUCAACAACCUGGGAACGAUCUUGCUGCUGGCUGUGGUCAACACGUUAUGGAAUACAUUAGGCAUAGGCCUGGGUCUAUGGGGCAUGUCCUACAUAGGCUGGAUCCACCAGCAUGUGAGUAUCUUGCACUGCUUCGUGUUCUCCGCUCUCAUCUCGGCUGUGGACCCGGUGGCCGUGUUGGCCAUCUUUGAGGAGAUCCAGGUGAACGAGAUCCUCUACAUCAUCGUGUUUGGGGAGUCCCUGCUCAACGAUGGCGUCACUGUGGUGAUCUACCAUAUGAUGGAAGGCUUCACGGAGAUUGGGGAAAGCAACCUGCAAGCUGUCGACUUCCUCAUGGGUUUUGCUCAGUUCUUUGUGGUGGUCCUAGGUGGGACUCUGAUCGGUGUUGUAUAUGGCCUAGUAGGAGCCUUCAUCACCAAGUACACAGACCACGUGAGAGUUCUAGAACCACUCUUCAUAUUUGUCCUUGGAUAUCUGGCUUACCUGACGGCUGAAAGCUUGGAGCUCUCUGGCAUCUUGGCGUUGACAUUCGGGGGUAUCGUGAUGCGUCAUUACACUGAAGCAAAUAUGGCAAAGAAGUCAACAACUACCGUCAAAUACUUUAUGAAGAUGUUGGCCAAUAUCUCUGAGACCGUCAUCUUUAUGUUCCUCGGCCUGUCUGUGGUCAUCGAGAAUCAUGAGUGGCAUCUGGACUUCAUCCUCUUCACCGUGCUGUUCUGCCUCAUCUUCAGGGUCACUGGUGUUAUAUUUCUGUCUUUCAUGGUCAACCGUCGUCGUUUGAUCCGACUGACGGCUAUUGACCAGUUCAUUAUGUCUUACGGCGGUCUGCGUGGUGGUAUUGCCUUCUGCCUGGCUCUGCUACUUCAACAGGAGCACAUCCCAGAGAAGGCCAUGUUUGUGUCCACCACCGUGGUCAUGGUCUUCUUCACAGUCUUUAUACAGGGUAUUACGAUCAAGCCUGUGGUGAACGCAUUGAAGGUAGAGAAGGCGGAGGAGAAAGACCCUUCAAUGAACGAAAUGAUUCACAAACGGUUCAUAGAUCACCUCAUGGCAGGGGUUGAAGACAUUGUGGGAAAAUCUGGCCACAAUUCCAUUCAGCACAAGUUUGAGUACUACAACAACAAGUACCUAAAGCCCUGGCUGCUGCGGGAGAAGCCCAAGACCCGAGACACCUCCAUCCUCCGCGUGUUCACCAAGCUCAACCUGCAGGAUGCGAAGGCAGCUGCAAAGACUUUCCCGUCCACCAUGUCGAGAGACCCGUCCUUCUCACAGCUGAUGACGCCCAGUCUCUCUCGUGCCUCUCUCUACAGCCGACGUGCCACGAUCGCUGUCCCUAAUGACAGAGACCAUGAAACAGUGGUGAACAUGCACAUGGUUGACCCAACCUCCGUGAAGCAGUCGCCAGAAGACGAGGCCAUCCAGCAGGUGCUGGAGGAGUCAAUGUAUCCCCCACGGAGCACAUGGGUUCGUGAACGACGUCACACUCUCGCCGAGGUCCACAAUCACCCACCGUUUCAUCAUGACGAAAGAGAACAGCUCCGGCAUUUUAUUCGGGACCUCCACGGCAACUCUGUGGAAGGUGUGGCUAAUGGGAACCUUCACCCUCAUAUGGGCGCUUCCAGGGCCCCCGUGCUGAAUGGCCAUGUGGUGAAAAAGAAUGUCAGUUUCAGUGGGGCUCACACUCGUCUCAGCAAACAGCUCUCUGAUGUGGCCGAGAUUCUUCCUGGUGGUGUUCAAGAAAACAGUUGCUAUAUAGAGGAUUCUUCAUCAGCUCCAAGGGUAGUCUUCACCGUAGGAAAACCUCCCCCUAUGUCUGAUGGUGUACAGUCUGACCCUGACUCGCAAAGUCCGAUAUCGAAAUCGCCUCCCUCUGACCCAGCCCCCGCAUCUGGUGGAGACUCAUCAGAACCCGUUCCCCCUAGUGCUAGUGAACAGACCCAGAGUGUAGAACCAAGUGCAGACACAAACACAACAGUUGAGACAUCGUCUGGCCCGUCAACAGCGCAGCCAGCCCCCACGAGUGACACCCUGUACUCCCGCCCCCCUGACAUUCCUUUGUCGCACACCAAGAUCAGCGCCAGCAUUCCUAUCCCAGCAACCAGCAAACAUAGCCGCCCUCGGAAAGAAGCAGAACAAAGUAGCUCUAGUCCAGAUGCUAAGGGUGACGAAGACAAAAAGUCUGACUCUGACAAAGGUGAAACGUCUCCGAAAGAAGAGACUGUCGCUGAAAGCUCUCUACCUUGGCGUCGCCAGACAUCAUUGCCACCUGUGCCUUCUUCAGUCUCCCUGAGUCUUCCAGAUGAUGAGAAUCCACUCAUGUCGGAAGCGCCGUCAUGGGCAGAUAAUCUUGCUUAUAACAACCUCACAGAAACAGGGUCGCCAUAUCAUUCUCCACAGAACACUAUUACGGCAGUCCGUGCAGAAGAGAAUCCACGUCCUGUGUUUGAUAUCUUCCCUGCGUCCUCUCCUUCUCCAGAUGACAAACACGAGCCUAUGCUUCCUCUCCCCUGGAGCUUCAAGGACAACGAGCCAGCUCAAGGGGCAGAAGCCCUCCCAUCACAUUCCGUUGCUGCGGGCGAAGCUGGCGACAAAGCAAGCUGCUUCCUGGUUUCCCCGCAUGACCUUGCACCCCCUGCGUACCACUGCCCACUACAGCCACAGCUACAUUCCGUCAAUGGAGGCACCUCGAGAAGAGCCCUCCAGCCCAACUCUCCCAUCCACUUUCAGCAGAUGGAGAAACCUGAUUCUAUCACUGCUGGCGCUAUUGAGUCUCAGCUGAUUGGCAUUGAGACAGACUACCAUCAUGGCAUGACAGACAGAGUGUCUCAGUGGCUGGCAUCUGCUUCCAAUAGCCAGCCUGAUGAAGAUCCAUACCAUGCCCAAGAGCAAGAUAGAGAAAUGAUUUUAGAAUCAUUACGGCAGAAAAAAGAGCGGAACUUUGGUGAUACUGAUGAGGGUACAGAUGCUGAUGUGGAGUCAGACUGUGAAGUUAGGGACACUCGGCUAUAACUGUGGAGUGUAUCCAUCUUUAGUUUGUCGCAAGCAUCGUCUUAAAACAAAAGUAAUUUUGAGUCAUUGCCAUGUGUCAGUUUUGUUAAAUUGCUCAAAUCUGAUGUGGAGCAUACAAUGAUAUUUGCUCAUUUGUGUGACCUGUGAAUUGAGUGGGUGUUGAGGGAUUUUUAGUUCAGGUAAAGUUAGUUUAAGAUUGAUAGUUUCUCCUUUGGGAACAUUGGGGAUAAGAGUUACUGUCACUACUGUCAGUGUCAGUUACAGCCAGAGCAUUUCAAAUUCAUGAUUAUAUAUGAUCUCUGCAGGCAUUUCUGAAUUUAUGAAUGAGUUUCAUUUUGACAACAGUUUGUAUAGGGUGUUAGCACCCAGUUCAGAACAGUUAGAUAUAGCUUGUAUAUUUUCCUAACCUAAUGUCUUAGCAGUAUUUCAGUGUAAAAUAUGAAGACUGCCUUAAUUUUUAUGUACAUUUUUUGGAAACGUUUUUGAUAAUGCUGAAUUUUUAUGUUAAGUUGAUUGUAUCACAGGGAGUGCCUAUGUUUCAACUAGGCAUACAAAGAUAAACAUUCAUUAGACAUUCACCUUCUAGGGGAUGCUGAAUUAACAACAAAAACAUUCUAGAAGGCUCCAUGGGAUUUCCAGUGUCAGAUUAGUUUUGCCCAGCUCAGAUGGGUUUUCCUAAAAGCAGGGGACAAUAUUGAUGAUCCAGGAACUUUGCUACACUGACAAUGCAUUUGGCUGCCAAUCAAAAUUCAUUUCUAUACUCUUAUUCAUGAUCUUUAGAGGUCUCACCUUUUUUGAGGAAUUUAAUUUAUUUAUAUGUGCUAAAUUAGUUUGUUUUUAUUUUGCAGCAAGGUUUCCUUGAGAAUACAUAGCCCUUGCAGUUUAAUGGACAAUUUGUUUUCAAACAUUCUCUCUCGGUGUAAUUUAUUGGGCUAGUUGUAAAGAAAUGUCUAAGAUGCCGUUGUUUUGGACAUUUCUUGAGUGAACUUGUACUUUGUGAACUUAAAAAAAAAUUUCACUUUUAUGGGCUCUUAGUGUGAGCGAAAAUCAUCUGAAUUCUGCAUUUAAAACUGCUUGAAAAAUUUGUAAUGGAAUUUUAUUUUGAAUUUGAUAACUGUCCAAAUUUUAGAAAAACGACAACUAGAAACGAGGUAAUUUAAUUACUGCCAGUUGUAAUCUAAAUAUUGUUGCUGAAAGAUACAUCUUGAUCACGCACAUUUUUAUUUUCCUCAUAUUUGCUUUGACUUUCACCAGAUAUGUGAUAAGUGGUGGUGAUAAAAUGAUGCUCUGUGAGCGUUGUGCCUUCUUAAGAAACAGCCUUUUGUAUGAGGUCUCGAGGCUGACGUAUGAACAAGAGAGUCAGAGCUAGAAGAGGAAUAUUGUGAGGGAUACUGAUCUCAAACUCCAAAGUUCAUGACAUCUUGCAGUCUAUAUCGUGAAGCGUCUGAUCAAGAUAUUAAGUGGAGCAUAGCAGAAAGCCAAAGAGUUGUAUUGAGUUUCUGUCAUGAGAAAAGUGUUUAAGAUAAUAUGUCUUAUUUCUGUUGUAUCUGUGUAUGAAUAAGAUAAGUGAGACGUGAAAUAUGAGUUAACUAU